GAGGUAGUUCCGAUUUUAAAAAGAGCAAGUCAGACCUCUAGACCAUUUAGUGAAAAGUUCAGUUGCUCAACAGUUCAGUUACACCAUGGAAUCCACGAGGAAAAAACAGAAGGAGCUGACUUUAUCCGAGAAGAUUCAAGUUCUUGAAUUGCUUCAGAGGCAAAAGAUCUCCCAAAUGGAACUAGCGAAGCGAUUUGGGGUGACGCAGCCAGUCAUCUCGAGGCUAAUCAAGAACAAGGAGAAAGUCAUGAUGGAAUGGCACACUAACAGCAAUCCAGAUCGAAAACGCAAGAGGGAAGGGAGGGAUAAUGAUGUGGACUCGGCGCUUUUCCAGUGGUUCCAAAUAGCCAAGGCGCAGCAUGUGGUGAUCUCCGAUGAAAUCUUGGCCGCCAAGGCAAAGUGUCUGGCAGAGGCGAUGCAGAUCAGAAACUUUGUUCCAACUGUUGGCUGGAUCAGUAGGUGGAAGGCUCGCCACACCGCCUAUUUUCCACAAGCACACGAAGACACCGAUGUCAUGGGCCAGUCAUCGGGCAUUGGAUCGCAUGAGGUUGUGCCACCAGAGGGAAUGACGGAGGAGGAGUUCCACCAGUACGUGGAGCAGGCAGCCAUUAAAGUAUGUGUCUGGGAUAUAGCUGAUCCAGAACCAGGUCACAGCAUGAAAGUGAUCACAAAAGCAGAAGUAAUUGAUGCUGAAGAAGAGAAACCCAUGCCUGUCUUCAAGGUGGCAAGAGGAAGUAAUGGCCAACUAAUGUCUUCAUCGAAUCAACAUAAUAUAUCCUAUGGCAGGAGUUCUACUUCAAGAAGAGAUAGCUGUGUGGAUAUGCCGAGCAGUUCUUGUUCACAGCCUGGUACCUCAGGUUACCAGCCCUAUGCAUUUCCUAGGUGGAUAACCCCAGAGUCUGGGCGAAAAUCAGAAGGAAAAUCUCAGUUAGCCACUCGGCUAUCAGCGAGCAACUGCUUUGAAGGAUUAAACAAGGCAGAUACUCGGCAGAUCAAAGGUGUCUCCCUUUCCCCGCCUUGCGUUAGAAUACCCUCCACACCGUCUCCCCGACCUGUCACAAGGGACGAUCUUCUGUUUCUGCAACAUCACCACGCUGGCAUUCCGGGCUUUGGAACCAGACACGAGAAGGAAGUGCCAGCCGUUUCUUCCAAGGAGCAAGAACUUAUCCUGGAAAACCAAAGGAAGUUUGGGUUGUACCUUGAUGAAAAAAGGGAAAGCCUUAAAAAAUUACAUGCAUUGGAGGAAGAACUGCUCAGGGCAAAAAUUGAAGUAGAGCAUUUAAAAGCACUAAGACUACGAGGAUUGUCAAUGUAUAAGGACUCUUAAAUGUCGAACCCAUUUUGUAUUCACUGUUUCAUCCCGAGUGUUCUUUUUAACAUUAUUAGGACAUUAUUGAUACAAUUGGAAGGGAUUUCCAUGGCUGUUCUCCCAUUUAUCACAAAUUUGACUGGAAAAACUGGAAAUUCAUCUUUUUAUUCACUAUCAGGGGACUAAGCCACAAAUACAUUGAGUAUUGACUGAUAACAGCACAAAACCAACAAUGAGAUUCUAGCUUCGCUGAUGGUCCAGUUUGUACAAUAUUUUAUAUUGCUAAGCCAGUAGAGUAGCCAGUGACUGACCUUCCAUUGCUGAGGACAUUUGUGUACAUUGAAAGAUGAUGAGGACAAUUGAUUUCAAUGCUUCAGUUGAUUUAGAUCAAGGUGGUAAAAAUAACCUACAAUCUAGGACUACACAAAAUAGAACAUCAAUUUCAGGUUGUGCAGGAAGGAACUGCAGAUGCUGGUUUAAACCGAAGAUAGACACAAAAAGCUGGAGUAACCCAGCGGGUCAGACAACAUCUCUGGAGAAAAG